GGAGUUUUGGCGGUUGAGGGAUGAUUUGGGUUUUGGAUCACAAAGCUGUAGGCCUCACAUUUCCUCUCCGAAACUAAAAGGAUUUUAACAGAACGAAGGGGUUUGUCAAGUUUUAGAGAGACAACGCCAAUGAAAGCAAUAUCACCGUUGCCACCGGCGGCAGCCGCUAGCGCAACCGUAUUCCACUCCCACUAUCUUCGUUUCCAUGGCCAAUUUAGGAUCCGGAGCGCAGAACGACGCCGUUUGAAGAUGAAAAUAGCUUGUACUGCCAAAGCCACUGGUUCGGCCUCGGCUUCUACUGAGAAAACUAUUGUCACCGAUUCCGAAUUCUCGCUUGCUAAAGUCUCAUUCGGUGCCAUUGGUCUUGGCGCUGGAGUUUCACUCUUGUCGUAUGGCUUCGGGGCUUAUUUUAAUAUUCUUCCCGGAUCAGAAUGGUCAGCAAUAAUGUUAACAUAUGGCUUCCCACUUGCAGUAAUUGGUAUGGCUCUUAAGUAUGCUGAACUCAAACCAGUGCCAUGCUUGACUUAUUCUGAUGCUCAGAUGUUAAGGGAGACAUGUGCCACUCCAAUUCUUAAACAGGUAAGGAAUGACGUUAUACGAUAUAGAUAUGGAGAUGAGCAACACUUGGAUGAGGCAUUGAAACGGAUUUUCCAAUAUGGUCAGGGUGGUGGAAUUCCACGGAGGAGUGCUCCUAUUCUGCAAAUGAUUCGUGAAGAAGUUGUGGAAGAUGGCAAAUAUUGUCUUGUGCUUGUAUUUAAAGCCAAAGAUCUGCAAUUGUCAGAUUUUGAGAAAAGACAGGCAAAAUUAGCUUCAUUUUUUGGACCGGGCAUCUCAGCUGAAGUUGGACAAGGAGAAAACAAUCUGUUUGAAGUACGACUUAUUUCUGAGACAAAAUCCAAUGCAUCGUCUUCAGGAAAUGUUUAACAGGAUUUCCUCGUCUGCUAUCCAUCUUGGUUUUUCCUCAUUAGUCUACAAACAAUUGCAUGUGAAAUUCUAUAUAAUUUGUUGAUUCAGUUUGUUACACACCCCAAUGUCCAUAUUUAAUUGCGAGUACAGUGAUCAUCAUUUUGUAGCAAGAAAAAGUCCUUGAAACCUUAUUUGAGAGGUUUUAUCGUGUGAUUGGCACUCUCUUUCAACUU